AUGUUACAGGGGACCACCAAACUUCCAUGGAAAUUUUCACACCAUCCAGCUGCUGCUGGUACGUUUUUCACAGUCAUGCUACUUGGACUUAAAUUCUGCACAUGCCAGUAUGAAGGGAGCCUACAAAAUGUUAGAUUGGGAAUUCAGCUGCUGGAAGAUGGGAUUUAUCGGGCUGCAUUAGGCUGGUUUGCUUACGAACCUGAAUGGUUUGAACAUGAUCAUGGAAAUUUUGCACACAUCGAGGCUCAAUCUGUUAAUUCAUUUGUUCACUAUCUCCAAAACGAUCCAAAAGCACUGGGUGGGGAAUAUGGGGGAUCUUUUCUUGACAUGGGACCAAUGGAGAACUAUGCAGCUUGUAGAGAUAAGAGGAAGCAGCUACUUUUAAUGUUAUGCCAGCAUGAAGCUGACAGGCUUGAAGUUUGGGCGCAACCUGUUAACUACAAACCUCAUGACCGAGUCCCUUUGAAAGACAUGAAAGCAGAUUGGAAAACCAUGACAUAUCAAGAACUACCAUUGGCCAAGGCUCGUCUACAUGAGCUAGAAUGA